AUACAUAGUUGUACAGUGUUUUUACUUUCCUAUGAGAGAUAAUCAAGAUAAAAAGUAAGCAGUACUACACGCGUAGGGGUAGGAAAUUUGAAACAUGGCACUGCCGGAAACGGGUUUCGUAAUAGCUCCUCAAAUACCACGAGGCUUAGCUCCAGCAGUCGAAGGACUUGCACGGGAAAUUCUGCGUCACCGACCUCAAGAUAUUUAUACAUUCGCGGCGCAUCAUUUCGAACAGUUGGUCAAAUUGAGAGAAAAAGAGCGCAUCGCUGGAAUCAUUUCGAAAACAUCCGACCGGCUAUCGUGCAACGGACAAGAUUGUAUCCUCUGGACCGAUCGCGUCGAUCCUGAUGAUUCCAGGUAUCACGACGAUCGAAAGGUCAUCAAUGUAGUCGAAGAAAUUGCGGAGGAACCAAGAAGAACACCUGCUACAACGACGAAGCUAUCGAGGAGAAGAAAGGAGGCGACGAACAGAAGCGGUUGGUCUAUUAACGAAACCGUCAAGGUAAUCAAAAGACACGACUGCGAGAAUGAUGCCAGAAAGAAGAAACGUGGGAACACGCGAAUGCCUGAGAAAGCGAUCAAAAAGGAAGUUCAUAGCAUCCCUGAACAAUGUUCACCACCCUCUUCGAAAAGGAUGACCCGGUGUAGAUUUCUCAGGUCUUCGUCUGCUGGAGAUAUACUUGCAAAAACUAUUACUCUUCAGCAUAGACCGCCAGGUACCAAUACAUCAGAGAAAGAACCCAAAUACGUAGAAAAUUCUGGAAACAAGAACACCUUAAAACGGCAGAAGAGUGCCGAUCAAAUUAAAAGGACCUGCUCGUCUGAAGUUCCAACCGAAAAGAGGCACGCCGCCGAUCCAAGAAGAAGUCAAUCUCUGGUGAACGUUAGGUCGAAAAGAAAUGGAUUCGACGCUGAAGAAUCGUGGCGACGAGUAAUGGGGAAUAGAGAGAAUUCAACAAUCUCUCGAAAUCGGUUAGAGAAGAAGUUAGAGGAGAGGUUUGGAAGUGCUAGCGUUCGAAAUGCAGAAGCUGUCCUUGCGAAGUUGAACCUACGACUGGAGAAGGACGAAAGGGAGUCGAAGGAUAACGACAGAGUCUUCGACGAUGGAAACGCAGCGGAUGAGUCGUUAACGAAUCGAGAAUCCAUGGAGACGUCCGUCGUUCUUCCUUCAGUUGUUAGGAGGCAAUCUUCCUGCAGAUACUCUAGAAGUAGCUCGCGAAACGACGCAUGCGAAUCCGUCGAGCAAAACGACCCUACCAACUUAAUCUUGCCACCCAUUUCUAGCGAUGCGUCGAAGCCCAUCAAGAUAGAGAACGACCUAACGUUACCGUCUUUGGCAAAGGCUACGGAUGCUCAACAGAAUUCGGAUAUUCUAGGUAAUCCUGAAUCUACGAAUUCUGAUCACGAUUCGGUGGACGCAUCGGUCAAGAACGAAUGCGAGAAUGAACAUAACAAAGGUACUAUUAGCUUCGAAGAGGAUGAACCAGAGGAUGAACUAGAUACCAGUGACAGGGAGAUUUUGAAAGAGUUGGAAGUUUCUCAAUCUCCAGACCCACGGGGAGGGGAAAUCGACGAGGUUUUCAAGGAUAGUUUGAACGUUACACCCGAUUCCAUUGAAUUUCCUCAAAGACCUGACUCUUUGGAGCGUCCAGAAGAGAAGUCAUCCACAGUGGUCGAUGCUGAGCGAGAAAGUGAGACACUAAAGCCAGAGCUCGAUUAUCCGCAAUCGAACGAGCUCAAGAAAAAAUUGCUUGAGAUAGAAACCGUGGAAAGGAAUAUCGAAAACACGCUGGUCUCCUCUGGAAGAGGCGUAACACGCCACGACGACUCAACUUUAACUUCACCUGUAGUCAAACUUUCACCGAAUUCAGAGUCAGUGGCGUCGAGCUUUGUACUUGGAAACGAAACGAUUCUCCCCGACUCGAGCAAUGAAAAACAUACAGAGGAAGAAGAGGAACCGGCGAAGAGGGAUUCGCCCAAAGAACAAAGUCGAUUUGUCGACACACGAGGAGGCGAUGAAGGUGUUGAGACUGUUUCAACCUCUCCUGAAUCGAGUCGAAAAAAAUCAGACGCUUCCGAAACUUUAUCCGUCCAUUCCCCCAAGAAUAUCGACCCUUCCUGCUUCAUUCUCACAGAAGGUUCCCCCUGCGAGAUACCAGAAUCGGUAACCACCGUGAUCAUCCCAGACAGACCACCCGAGAACGACGACGAAGUACUCAAGGAAAUGGAUGAUGUUCCUCGUUCGGAAAGAGCAAUUUCACGUCGUGUACAUCACGAAACGCGACACGAGGAAGAAGAAGCAUUUCAGCACUGUGCGGAUCCCUUUGGGGAGUACAUAUCCCCAGAGUACAACGUCGAUUACUUACGUGACAUCAAAACCGCUGUCGAUCGAGCCAAUAUGCAUCAUGAUCUGGGGAACAUUAAAGAGGAGGAGGAAAAGGAUAUGUCUGAUAAAGAAAUCACUCGAUCUAUUGCAUUACCCGAAGACGUUACUUUUGAGGAAUCGCAUACUUCGGAAGGAAUAGUGGGGACGAGUGGAAGUAAAAACGGGGUGGAAUCGCUGGAGCCUGUUUCCAGCAGUUUGGACCAAAGUAGCGGAGACGUUGAAAGCACGUCACCUGGUGCCACGACUGAUGUGCAGUCAGGACCCUGCGAAGCAAAUCAGCACGAGCAGGAAGAAGCACCUGGACCAUACGUGCCAGAGUUGAACUUGGAUUCCCUUCGAGACGCGACGAUGUCCUCUACGGAGGACAGAAGCGACUCGAGGAACCUUGAAAAUCAAUCGGAGAAGGAAACUGACGACGUCACCCUUCAGGAAGGUGAGAAAACCUUGUCCUCGAGCGAUACUCCAUCCUCAGGCAAGAAAGCGACGUUGGACGAAGACUCGUCGAGAAGGAAAUCGCUUCAGGACAAAGAAUCUUCCAGUGAACUAGAAGCCAAGACAGGAAAUGGAGUCGAGAACUGUUCCAUCGAGCCGGUAGAUAAAUCUGACGAUGCUAUCGUCGAUGAAAAAGAUGGAAAGGACUCUUCUAAUAUCGAAGAUGAGAUUGCGAAGGAGUUGAUACAAAUCUUGACGCUAGAUUCGCCGACAUCUCAGGAGGAAGAGACGGAGAUGGCAGCGAAUGAUUCGUUAAACAAUACAAAGAGAGCAGGUGAUCCAAGAAUUCGCGAAGUAGGAUCCACAGCAGCGACUGAAUCUGUUGUAUCCACGAAUCGCUCUUCAGCAAGCUCUCCUCGAGGAAGGAAAGUCGACGAUGUUCAAGAGGAAAAUGGAGAAAAAGCAAAGAUCGAUACCGAUCUGAUUACAGAACUUGAUCCAUGUGCUCGUGAAAUAACGCCUAUGGUAGCGACUGAAGCUGUUGAGGUAUCUACGAAUCGCUCUUCGACAAGUUCUCCUCAAGAAAAAAUAAGUCAGGGAGAAGAUAAAGAAGUGGAAGACGUUGAUACUAAACUUGCAAUGGAACUUAAUCCAACUGUCUAUGAAGGAGAUGUUAAGGAAGAAAAUGAAGGAGAAAGGGUUGAUACCGAAGAGAAAGAGAAUGUUGAAGACAAUGCUCCUUCGAUGUCCGCAGAGACGAUUGACGAAGUAACAACUGAUAUCAAUGAUAGCUCUCUGGAAAAUCCAGAUCCACCCGAAAAAAUUGAGUCUAAGGGGGGUGAUCCACGCGAUGCCGAAGAGUCAAUCGCUCCAGAUGUACAAACCUUGGAUGCGGCUGCUAGAAGAAUUCAAUACUGGGCACGAAAAUUUGUAGUUGGCCAGGGUCGACUAACGAAGAUCGAUAAACAAAGUCUUCGCGAUUCUUCGAGUUCUUCGACUUCGGAUAACAUCAAAAAAGAAACUCAGGUAUCGGCUGCUUCGGACGAGCACCUCCACGAAUCUCCCAGCGGCGAACAGAAAUUUGAGGAACGUGAAAUAUCUGACAAGUCUAAAGAGACGGAAGAUGAAGAACAAUUGAUGAAUGAGAAAGAGACCCAGCAAAUAGAUACAUCGAUGUCUGCUAGCAUGAGGCACACUGGAGAAUUUCACGAUUCUCUACCAUUGCCCCUCUUCGAAGUCUCCAAGAGCAACUUAUCCGCCAAAGAUGUUCGCGCUUUGAAAAGCAUGCCUGUGAAUCCCUGGUUUACGCUCGAGCCCAAUGCGCCGUGUUUCAGUUCGCAAUCUCCACGAGCCAACGUUUUCCUCGCCUUUGACUUUUCGAAUCCCUUUCAGUCGGUCGAGGACAAGGCGGACGGAUCUAAGUACUAUUUAAAUUUCCCACCCUGUUUCGUUCACGUCGAGCAUGCCUUCGACGAAAGCAACGCGAACGACGAUGCAAGCGUUGCUUCCUUGACGGAGAAAAUGGUCGAUUCCAAUAUCGACGACGUCCUCGAACCGCUGGCCAUCGACGAGCCACCCAAGUCCCUCCUUAUAGAAGAAAUUCCCAACGACGAGGAGGAACAACAGCCCACGCCAACGGCUGGUACGUCCACUUCGUCUUCUUCCGAAGAGCAACAAACUAAUCGCGACGAAGUAUCGGCUGAUCAAACAGUAUCUGUCGACAACGGCCCUAAUCUGCGCGAGAGUUUGUCCUCCGACUCCUCUGUGAUCCAGAGCGACGAAAAUACACGAGACAAAACAGAACCAGGGAAAAUAGAAUCUCCAAACACGAAAGACUAA